UGCUCCGUUUGCCCUAUCCACGGCGAAGCAGCCAUUUUGUCCCCGAGCCGCCGCCGCCGCGAUGCCCUCGGAGCCGGACAAGGACGUCUACCGGGAGCCCCCCAGCCGCACCCCGGCUCCCAACCCCCAGACGACUGCCCCCAACCCCCUGGACUUCAUCGAGACCGUCUUUUACUAUGCCGUCGACCGUCCAGUCAGUCUCUGGAGAGAAUGGAUUGAGCGCCAGCACGCCAAGAAUCGGAUUUAUUAUUAUCACCAGAAGUUCCCCCGCAUCCCGGACCUGACACAGUGCUUGGAAGACGACUACGUCUGUUUCUAUGAAGCGGAGAUGCAGUGGAAGAGAGAUUUUUUGGUUGACCAAGAAAUUGUGAAAAUCAUCCAGGAGCGGCUGGGGGCUUGUAAGCAGCGAGAAGGCACUAGCCACCUCGAGAACUGUGCCACAGAGCUGCAGCAGUUCAAAGAGGUGGCCCAGGCCUAUCGGGACAGAUAUGGUGAGCUUGGUGCCCACGGAAAUGCUCGCACGUGUUUAAUGAAGCAGAAGCACCGGAUGAUUGCUGAAAGGAAGGCUGCAGCAGCACCAGCACCAGAGGCAUAAUCCCGAGGCAUUUCCUGAUCUUUGGCAUUGAAUGUCAAGAUAACUGAAUGACAUGACCAGGUAUUGCUGUGUUUGAAACAGACCGCACAGCAUGUUUUCAAUAAAGCGAAGGCAGACUUACAUGUAACUGUUCUGAAAAAAAUAUUAAAAUUAUGAUGGUAAAAA